AUGUCUUCCCCGGGCCAGACCGGCCUGCCAAAGCUUGGCAACGUCCUCUACCAGACCGUGUUUCAAUUCCCCUACAGUGCCUAUUCAGUCCCAAGAGUCCCCGACCAAAAGGCAACUUCUCCUUCUUCCUCUGAUCCAUCUACGAUGCCUCACGCACGGACGAAGUCCGAGUAUCAGAAUGCGCACACGCUGAGCGAGCCGCUCGCCAGCUUCUGCGCGUCGAGCAACACCGUCUCUGGGUUUCUUGCUGAGGAUCCCACGCUGCAGCCUGGCCAUGCGUGGAAGAAGCUGGCUACCCAUUACAAGAGCAAUUCACAUGAGCCAAAGGAUAUCAGAGAUAUUGGGCAAGGAGAGGUGAGCGACGAUGAGCUCGAGGUGGCGUUCAAGUGUGGGAAAUGGGGAACGACGAGGCCAAGCAGGUUAUUUUUGAGGUUGUAUCACGAUGCUCUAUGCACACUCAACGACAACCCCGCUCAUGGGAUGGCGAGUCCACCCUUGCUCGGCAGCAGCGGCGUCGCCCCACUUACCAUCCUCUCCGUCAUCCCCGACAUCGUAAGGCACAUGUCCAACCUCAUCGUGCGAGCAGACAAAGAAGUCAUCCUCGCAACCAAUUUCUGGCAAAACGGCGCCGCGUCAAAGUACAUCACCAACGCCAUGAAGGAAGCCUCCCGCCGCGCCGGCGAGCGCGGCACCCGGCUCACGAUGAAGGUGCUCUACGACCGCGGCAGCCCGAAGCAGCUGUUCGAGCCGCACUACAUCGUCCCCGAGAAGGAGUACACGGGCAAGGCCGUCGGGCUGCCGUCGAAGGCGGAGAUUCCGAACAUCGACUUGGAGGUGAUGAACUACCACGACCCCAUGCUCGGCACGUUCCACUCCAAGUUCAUGGUCGUGGACCGCAAGAUUGGCGUGGUGCAGAGCAACAAUAUCCAGGAUAACGAUAACCUGGAGAUGAUGGUUCAUGUGGAGGGGCCGAUUGUUGAUAGUCUGUAUGACAUGGCGCUGCUUACUUGGCACAAGAAGCUUGAUCCGCCUCUGCCGACUAGAGAUACACCGGCUGCGCUCGGGGAGCUGGGCAGCUUUGGACUCAGCCAUGACUCCAUCUUCACCCCCGAAGGAACGUUGAAGGGGCACAGAGUUGUGCUUGACCCGGCCCGGAUUCCCCAGCGUGCUGCUGCAUACGGCCCCGGCGCCGACCAGAUCCUCACACCUAGCGAGGCCAACGGUCCCAGCGGAUCGACCACGAACCCCCGGAUUCAAGACACUCAGAAUGGGCACUCAGUCUCACAAACCGCCCCUACUCCAGAAGCAAUCGCAAACGGCUCUCUACCCGAACACACCCACGAAGACCCGCACUACGACGCCGACAUCGCCGGCGAGGUCGCCCGCGUGCAAGCAGCCGUCUCAGCGAAACCCAACGAGUCGCAAAUGCAGGCCGUCAGCCGCCAUCUCAACCACACCAUCAACAAGGACUUCAAGGCCACUGCUCCCGAGUGCGACCCGGCCGACGAGAUGACGCCGUACAUCCCGCACCCGACGCACGAGCCGUUCCCGAUCGCGCUCGUCAACAGGCCGCCGUACGGGCCGCCGAACCACAAGUCGGUGGGCAACCCGCAGAACGCGGCGUGGUUGUCGGCGCUGCGCAAUGCGGAGAAGAAUGUGUUUAUCCAGACACCGACGUUGAAUGCGGAGCCGCUGGUGCCGGCUAUGAUUGAGGCGUGCGAGCGCGGGGUUGAUGUAUUUGCGUAUGUUUGUCUUGGCUAUAACGAUGCUGGCGAGUUACUGCCGAUGCAAGGAGGUCACAACGAGAUGGUCGCCGCCCACAUGUACGAGAAGCUCUCACCUCAAGGGCGAGAGCACCUCCACUACUUCUGGUAUAUCGGCAAAGACCAGACGCAGCCCAUCAUCGCAGAGAAGAAGAAGCGCUCAUGCCACGUCAAACUCAUGAUCGUGGAUGAGUCUAUCGCCAUCGUUGGAUCUGGCAACCAGGACACUCAGAGUUGGUUCCACAGCCAAGAGGUCAACAUCAUGCUUGAGAGCCGCGACGUGUGCAAGGUGUGGAUUGACGGUCUGAGGCGGAACCAAAACACGCACCGAUAUGGAGCGCUGAACAGGGAAGAUGGCGUUUGGAGGGAUGAGAACGGGAAGGAGGCGGAUGGCGCGACGGGAGUUGAUCCUGGGCGGUUCAGCUGGGCGAAGGGCUUGGUUGGGGCGAUUAAGAGAUUGGAAGGCACUGGUGGAUUUUAG